GUCAUUGUUCUGAGGUAUACUGAGGUAUACCAUACUGUCAAAAAUCAAUUGUCAACUCAAACAAAUUGACUAUUUAUUGGUCUCUGUUGACUAUAUUAUUUAACAAAAGUUCUAAUUGAUCGGGAAAUAAUGAAUUUGCAAUGGCUAAAGUCGUCUCCUAAUUUAACCAAAGGUAUAGGUGUUAUCAAUGAACUCGAAGAUGCCCGAUUUGAACAUUUUCUUCGUCGAAUAGUGUCCAAACUGAAAACACAAAGCUCGGAAAUAUUUACGGAGGAAGAAAUGCAAAAGUUAGAAAAGAUCUUUAAAAUAACUCAUGAUGACUUAUUGUUAAGUGUGAAAACUAUCAUUUAUAUUUUUAAAAGACUGCAUAAAUUUAUUUUUAUGCCUUUAGACCUUAAGAAUGAUUUAAAAGAAAUAGGUUUUUAUAAUGAAAAAGCUGAUUUCAUUGUUAAAGUAUGGUCAUCUGAUACUAGGUUAACAUUAAAUGAAUUAAGUGGAGACAGCAUUAAUGAUUCCAGUGACUCACUUCAUUUCUCCUGGAAGCUAAACGCUGAAUUAAGUUCAGAUACUUGUAAGAAGAGUAAGGUUCCUAAAGCAUAUUUGACAUUAGCAGGAGAUAAAGAAACAUCAGUUAUUGAACUUACUCAUUCUGAAUUGUAUUCAAUGUUCAUACAGUUUGAGUCCAUACAGAAUGAAUUGGACAAUUUAAUAUGAAAUUGAAACAUUAAGACCUGUAAAUAUUAUACUGCUGCUUAUAAUUAAUAGUCUGUCUAUUACUGUUUUAGUGAAAUAAUAUAAUAUGUAGGUAUUAUUAAUCAUCAAUUAAGGUGUAUAAUAUUUCGGAAAGGAAGAACUAAAUGUAGGUAAUUAAUAGAGACUGGAUUAUGUUCAACUUAAAAAGUCUGGAAGUGGUGACCUAAAGAAAAGUUUCAAGUAAGUUACUUGUAAUGCAUUCAAUAUAAUAUCAAAAACUGGCUAAAAAUGCAUAACAUUCAUAUGUUAUCCAGUCUCUAGUAAUUUGUAAUUAGUAGGAUACAAGUAGGACAUUCAAUAUAAAUUUAAAAGUAGGUCUAUAUUUGUGUACAUGUGUCCACAACUAGGCCAAAAAAUGCAUGUUACACCAAGAAUUUAAAAAUAGUUUUCUCCUUAUCGUUACUACUCUUUUCUGAAUAUAAAAUCGUAAUUUUAAAUUUCUAUGAUAGUCUAAAAAGCAUUGUGACUCAAAUUCCAGCUUUUGGUUUCGGUAGGGGCAAAUCAGAUAUUUUUUAUUGGUAGUCAUAAUAAUUUGGCACUUGUACAUAAUUUAUUAAUGUCUAAAUAUAUAAAAUCCAGUGGGGCGAAUUCAAUCAGCUUGGGUAUGCUCAUGUCACAAAUGAUACUGUGUGUGCCAACAGACACAGCAUUUUUAUAAUUUAAAUUAUUACAAAUGUCACAUAUACAAAAGGUGCUUCUAAGAUGUAAUCAUUAAAUAUCCUUGAGCAAUAAAAUGUGUGAUAUAUGAGAAACGUUUAUCAUAAUUUAAAAUUGUUGAAAAUAAAUUUAUAUUUAUACAGUUA